AUGCUGAAGCUGAAACUCGAGAAGCACGGAGCCUCGGAGCUCACACACGGAGCACACGGAAGGACGACUCAGGGGGAGGUUGAGGAAGGGGAGUGCUCAGCCAGGCGUCUGUCCACAGCAGAGAACAGCUCCACGCCAUCGGACCUCCUGUCAGAGCUGAAGAGGGAAGAGGAGGUGAGCGCAUUGACCACAGUGCUCAUGGUGAAGUGA